CGAAGCCGGAUCAGAGGGGGUCAGUGGUGAGAUGAGGCCCAAGGGGGUCAGCCCAUGUGGGGCUGUGCACACCCUGAAGGUCAGAAGCUUAGACCUUAUUCUAAGGGUAGCAGGAGACCAUUUUAACCAAGAAAAGCUGUUAGCAUCUGUGCUUGGGAAGUCUCCCCUGUGGCUGCAGUAUAGAGAAUGGAUUGAAGGAGGGCAGGAAUGCAAGCCAGGAGACCAGUGGGGAGGCUGUUGCAACCGUCCACGUGAGAGAUGAGGGUGGCCUGGACCUGGGCGGAGGCUGUGGAGAGAAGAGGGACAGACUGAACAGCAAAUGAAGAGGUGCCCGUGCUUCCCGGUGCCAGGGUGUCAUGGAAGGGCUGCUGACAAGAUGCAGAGCAUUGCCCGCCCUGGCCACCUGCAGCCGCCAGCUCUCUGGGUAUGUUCCUCGCAGGUUUCACCACUGUGCCCCAAGAGGAGGGCGGCGUCUGCUGCUGUCUCGUGUGUUCCAGCCACAGAACCUUCGGGAAGACCAGGUGCUCUCCCUGCAGGACAAAUUUGGUGACCUGACCUGUAAGAGCCAGCGGUUGAUGCUGCAGGUGGGCCUGAUCUACCCAGCAAGCCCUGGCUGUUAUCACCUCCUGCCGUACACCGUCCGUGCCAUGGAGAAGCUCGUGCGAGUGAUAGACCAGGAGAUGCAGGCCAUCGGGGGCCAGAAAGUCAACAUGCCCAGCCUCAGCCCGGCAGAGCUCUGGCAAGCCACCGACCGGUGGGACUUGAUGGGCAAGGAGCUGCUAAGACUUAGAGACAGGCAUGGCAAGGAAUACUGCUUAGGACCAACUCACGAGGAAGCCAUUACAGCCUUAAUUGCCGCCCAGAAGAAACUGUCCUACAAGCAGCUUCCCUUCCUGCUGUACCAAGUGACAAGGAAGUUUCGGGAUGAGCCCAGGCCCCGCUUUGGUCUUCUCCGUGGCCGAGAGUUUUACAUGAAGGAUAUGUACACCUUUGACUCCUCCCCAGAGGCUGCCCAGCAGACCUACAACCUGGUGUGUGAUGCCUAUUGCAGCCUGUUCAGCAGGCUAGGGCUGCGAUUUGUCAAGGUCCAGGCUGAUGUCGGCAGCAUCGGGGGCACGAUGUCUCAUGAGUUCCAGCUCCCUGUGGAUAUUGGAGAGGACCGGCUUGCCAUCUGUCCCCACUGCAGCUUCUCAGCCAACAUGGAGACACUAGACUUGUCACAGAUGAACUGCCCUGCUUGCCAGGGCCCACUGACCGAAACCAAAGGCAUUGAGGUGGGGCACACAUUUUACCUGGGUACCAAGUACUCAUCCAUUUUCAAUGCCCAGUUUACCAAUGUCUAUGGCAAACCAUCCCUGGCUGAAAUGGGGUGCUAUGGCUUGGGUGUGACACGGAUCUUGGCUGCUGCCAUUGAAGUCCUCUCUACAGAAGACUGUGUCCGCUGGCCCAGCCUACUAGCCCCUUACCAAGCCUGCCUCAUCCCCCCUAAGAAGGGCAGUAAGGAGGAGGUGGCCUCUGAACUCAUAGGGCAGCUGUGCGACCACAUCACAGAGGCAGUGCCUCAGCUUCACGGGGAGGUGCUGCUGGAUGACAGGACCCAUCUGACCAUCGGAAACAGACUGAAAGAUGCCAACAAGUUUGGCUACCCCUUUGUGAUCAUUGCUGGCAAGAGGGCCCUGGAGGACCCUGCACAUUUUGAGGUUUGGUGUCAGAACACUGGUGAGGUGGUCUUCCUCACCAAAGAUGGAGUCAUGGAUUUAUUGACCCAAGUGCAGACUAUCUAAAUGCCCCCAGCCCACCCCUGCCCCCAUCUUGCAAUCUUGGUGUUCAUUCUAACACUGCAUUUUCCUACACCCCUUUCCUGGACUGUUCUCUCCAGAAACAGCACAGCUCAUGGAGGGUGAGAUCAUGUUAGGGAAACCAAUUUUUAUCUAGUCAUGUGUUCAGAUUAUUUGUAUUUAAAGUCAUUAACUUGAUCCUUUUCUCCAGACUGGCCAUGCCGCCAAAUACCUUUCCUUUUGUAUUCCAUUGUAGAAACUUCUACUAGGAGGCUGAGAGGCAAGAGAGCCAAGCUCCAGUCUUGGGUCUUACCCUGAGCGGGUAAGUCACUUCCCUUCUCUCAGCUGAGUUUUUCACGUGUAGGAUGAGAAUGGCUGAUGGCUGAGGGCCCCCCAACCUUCCCCACCCUGUUAUCAGUUUGACCACGGGCCUUUUGCUACAUUCUGUCCAGAGAGCAGGCCUGCCAGCGCCCCUCCACUGAGAAGUUGGGCUGAGAGUAUGGGGAAAAGAAUCAAGAGACCUGACUGCCACCAACUCACUAGUGACUUAGAUACAUCCCCGCCCCCUGCUGCGGCCUCAGUUUCCCCAUCUGUAACUUGAGAAAAUGGAACUAGAUCUGUGAAGUCUGGAACUAGAUCUGUAACGUCCUUAUAGGUGUCACUAGGGGGUUCUACGAGACGUUUGUGACAGGCAGUCUGAUUCCUCUCAUUCUCCAUAGUCUGUUUCCUGGAAAGUCGAUGUAAUUAACAGAUGGCCCAAAAACUACCUCAAGAGACCUGGCCCUAUUAAGACGGCUUAACCACUGAGAUCACGUUCUUUUGAUUGAAUAAAGUGAAACUACUGGAA